AUGUCAGCUCCGAUCUGCGUCCACUGUGUGACCGGUGAUCGUAUUCCCGGCGAGCCUCGCGGCAAAAUCGAAAAGAUCGGGCCUUUUGAGACCUACAUCGCGACGCCCAAGGAGCCUCGCGAAGACGCCAAAACGCACGCCAUUGUCUCCUUUACAGACGUCUUUGGGCUCGGUCUGGUUAACAACAAGAUCUAUGCCGAUCUGCUCGCCGAUGACUCGGGCAUCACCGUCUACGUUCCUGAUCUCUUCAACGGCAAGCCUCUCAGCAGCGCAGACAUCAAGUUGCCUCAGUCGACCAAGGAAGCCGAGUCUCAGUCCUACUUCUCGAAGAUUUCGGAAGGGCUCAAGCUAAUUACCGUCCUCCCUUGGAUCGCUCGCAACUGGCCAACUGGCAAGCAUGCCAACUCCGAAAAGUUCAUCGAGGCUCUGCGGAAGGACAAGUCCGCCGAGAAGAUUGGCGCUAUUGGCUUCUGCUAUGGCGCCAACAUCUGCGUCCAUCUAGAUUCGACCUCCAAGACGAACGCCUCCGUGCUCAACCAUCCCUCUUUGCUGAGCUUCGACCAGUACAAGACACUCAAGUCGCCUACCCUUUUUAAUUGCGCAGAGACGGACACGCAAUUCACGCCCAAGCUGCGCGGCCAGGUGCAAAAGUUCCUAGACGACGAGAAGAGCGCUCCCGCGCACGACUUUAAAGUGUUCGAUAACACGUUCCAUGGCUUUGCCUGCAGGCCCAACUUCGCCGAUGAGCAGGUUCGUAAAGGAUUCGAAGAGGCUCUCGGCAGGACCAGCUGGUGGUUCAAGAGUCAUCUCUAA